CAAUUCAAAAAAUUAAGUAACGAAGCUCAGAAUUAGAUCACGCAUCCACCAGACUGCGUCCAGCCCACCCACCCAGCCGGUCCAGCUGAUCGCUGAUGACGCUUACGCUAUGAUAUCAUUAAAAAAGUAAAUACCGACUCGGCUAGUGACUAGGGACACCUGAGAGCACAAUCGAAGAGUGUAAUUUUUAUGAUACACUGGUAUGAGUAUAUGACUCCGCCACAAACAAAUUGGAAGUACUCUUGUGAAUGGACCCUUAACUCGGUAUCUUGGAAGACGCCGCCUACCUGCCGCCACGUAGGACCAUGGCAAAAGCCCGUGUUAUAUAUUUGGCGACUUGCUUGAAAGAUUGUAUCGAAGACUGCAAUAUAAGGGAUUUGAGGGAAAUUUUGGAGAAUGAAGACUCUGAUCCAAACGUCCUCCUCCCAGAAUUAAAUUACACUCCUUUUCAUGCGGUCGCCGGAUCUGAGGAUGAAGAUUUCGCCGAAGCUGCUUGCAGACUCUUUCUUAUUCACAAUGGGAACCCGAACGUGAAGGCAGAUGAAGACUUGACACCAGUGCAUGUAGCCGCUUCCUGGGGUCAUGCAAAAGUCCUGCAGGUCCUUUUGGAAGGAGGGGGAUCUCCUUGGCUGAAAGAUGAAGUGGGCAAGAAUGCCUUCGACUACGCAAAAGAGAGCAAUGAUUGGGGUACUAUGAAUGUUCUCUCAGAGUUUUCUCAGAAGAAUUCUGAAAAUGGCAAUGUGAUGAAUAUUUUGCUUUCACGAAUGAGAAAUAUUCGAACAUCAAAGAAAAGAGGCUCCAGAAAGGGCUUUGGGAGUGCAAUGAAGAAAGAAAAGUCGAGUACUGUCCCUCACCUGCCAACGCAUUUUGAAGAGAGUUACGAAAAGGAAGAAGUCUUAAUAGAUGAUGAAAACAUUGUGGAUCUUACUGCCAGUGAUUCAGAAGACUUUAAUUCAUCCAAAAAUUCAGAGGAUUCUAUAUGUAGUGAGAAUGUUGAAGUUAUUAAGGAAAUCUCAACAGCUUCUUCAUCGGGUGUGAGUUCUCCGGUCCCCCAGAGCUCAAGUAGUGAGUUGCUCUCUGGAUUGGAAUGCAGCAGUGUGAGCACAUGCACUUCUGGGAACAAGCAGCCAUCAUCUUCGCAUUCAAGCUCUCUUCCUGAUUUUGUGUAUUCGUCCUCGCAUGUAAAUACCAGGAAAAGGCAUCAGGAAACUUUAAAUUAUGGAGAUGAAACUUCUCAGCCUGAAAACACUAGAGCGUUUUAUGAAUCACGUGAGUGGAGGACCCAAGGUUCGUCUGAUGUUUAUAAUAGAGAGGGAGUCCCUGGAAGUAGCAGAGAAGCAAAGGUUUUAGAGAGCACACAUUCAAAUACUCUUCCUCCCAGAAAGAGUAUUGCCAGAUCUUCUAUCAUGGGUCUCCCUAAGAUCCCAUUAAUAACAAUCACUGAACCCUGUACGCUCCCUGAUUUGACACAAGAAAGGUUAGCGGAAUAUAAUUCUCCAAGGGGUGUGCCUAAUGAACACAGUUAUUUAUCCAACCGCAUCCAACGGUGGGUUAACAGUGUGUCGCAUUUCUCACCAUUAGCGACAAGUUCAGAAGACACUUUUUACACAUGUGAGGACAAUUCUUCUGUUGCCCGAAGACUGAAUACAGCUGCAUUUGAAAGUGGUUUACAUGUCGAGGGGACUGACAAUAGCCUAAAGUCGUGUGCUACAGUCUCGGAGUGCUACAAGUAUGCAGAUGAAGAGAAGGGAGUUGUUCUUUUAGAAGAAAGAUGGCUGGCCAAUCCUGUUCCACUUUCUGACCUGACACAAACCGACCAGUCCACUUCAAGUACAGCAGUUUUGCAUACCGACACAGAAACAAUUGAUACUGAACACCUUGUAAACGAACUUAAAUCUUGUGGAAUUGAUUAUGGGCCUGUAACAUCUAGUACCAAAAAGGUGUAUAAACUCCAGCUUCAUAAAAAAAAAGCUCUUAAUGCAUCUUUUAAUCAUCUACCAUCUGCAUACAGCUACGAGCUGCAGCGCACACUAAAAGAUAAAAAAUGUAUGUACUUCAUGAGUCCUGGGAUGCGACUUGAGCAAGUUGUUGCCCAGCAGUUUGCAAAACCUGCAAGUGGAGUUAAUUGGAGAGAGGGAAAUUUGAAAACUUCAUUCACAUACUUGUUGCUUGACCCUCGUAUUACAAAGAAUCUUCCCUGUCGAGCAGCAAGUCUGCAGCCCAAAGAAGUAUGGUCAAUAUUUUUGCAGUCCAUCUUUUACAUUGGUAAAGGCAAAAGAUCUCGUCCAUAUUCCCAUCUUUAUGAAGCUGUUGAAUGUUGGAAAAAAGGCAGUCUGAGAUACGCAAACACAAAAGUGAAGCGCAUUUCUGAGAUUUGGUUGGAAGGAUUGGGAGUUGUAUGCUUGCAUGUUUUUCAAAAUGUCAUUCCAGUAGAAGCAUAUACCAGGGAAGCUGCUAUGAUUGAUGCAAUUGGAGUUCAAAAUCUGUGUAACAUGAAGAGAAGCGAAUAUUAUGGAAAGGCUACGCAAUGGUACAAUUAUGACAGAAACAUUUUUGGGGUGUACUUGCUUUACAGAUCGUUGCAAAUUUUCCUCUCUGAAGGUGAAAGGCAUCUGAGUCCAUUUGAUAUAAUGUAAUUCAGUAAUUGUAUUGUUUCACGGGCUGUAUGGCAUGUGGCACCUUCUCAUUAAAACCACAUGUUCUCCACAUCAAUAUCGUCCAAAUUAGGGAGGAAGAACUCUUAUCAUGUUGCGAUAUUGAGCACUGGUAAUAGUUUCUGCUUGACCAGCCUCAUUUUUGAAGAAAUAUUGUUCAGUAAUGCCUCCAACCUAAAAUCUGCACCAAACACAUGGAUGCCUUUGUUUUUGGACAAUCACAUGUGGGUUCUUUGAACCCCAAAUAUGGUAAUUUUGACAAUUAACACAGCCAUCUAGGUUAAAAUGUGCUUCAUCGUAUAGGAUGAUUGUUUUUGAAAAACCAGGGUUCACUCAAUGUUCAGUAAUCCAUUCAACAAGCUCUCUUCGCUGGGCAUGGUCAUAAGCCUUCAUUUUGUGUGCGAAUUGAACUUUGUAAACAUGGAGACAGAUCUUCAGUGAGUAUACCGUGUAAAGAGCUUUUUCAAAUUUGCAAUUCAUGUCCAUGACACCGAAUUGAUGUUACUCUCUUCAGUUGAUAAAGUGAAAUCAAUAUUUCGACCAUAUUUGGUACGAAAUUUUCAAACUGUGGCUGCCAAAUUUUCAUUAUUUUUGAGAUAUUGUUCAACAAUGAAAACGUGUUGUUCUGUCAUGUAACACUCCAUUUUUACUACCCUAGACUGUCCUGUUACACUGAAAAAAAGUGUUGCCAACAUUUAACUGCGCAAACGGCAGCAUAUUCAAAUCUUGCGUUAAAUUUGGGACACCCGUAAUUAUUUAUUAUUAGUGAAAGAUUAAAUGUGGUUUUAUUUCCUAAUUUAGGCCUGUGUCACACAAGCAUGGUACAAUUGGGUCAUUUCACGUCAAAUCGCACAAACUUAUAGAAAAUUUUGCCAAGAUGUCCCAGAUUUUUAAAUAUUUUUUUUUGUGAAGAGUAGAAGAAAAAAUUUGAAACAAGUGUUUAAUUUUUUCCUAAAUAUUAUUUUUCAAAAUUAAAUUAUUUUUAAAAUUUUUGAAAAAAUGCUAGCGAUUGCUAAAGUUAAUCAUUUUUAGCUUGUGUAAUUGUGACAGAAAUUUAAUAUUUUGUGACAUUAAAGAUAAAAAGAU